AUGGCGCGCCCGCUGCCUGAACCGGCGGCCCUUCACGACAUGAUACGUUGCUAUUUUCGCUACCUUCACCCAUAUUUACCUGUCAUCGAUGCGGGCCGUUUCAUUUCAGCAUUCGCCGACCAGCCAAGCAGUAUCAGCCCCCUCCUCCUUUGGAGUGUCUUAUUUGCUGCCGCUACGUUCGUCAAGCCAGAGCAUUGGCAAGCUGCUGAGUUCAGGACCAGAAAGGAAUUCCAAGAGGAUAUCUAUCGACAUGCCAAGGCGCUCUAUGACAGCCAAAUUGAGGUAGACAAGCCGACAAUAAUCCAGGCUUGCAUACUCCUUUCGUAUCACCUCGUAGACCGAGAAGAUCUGGACGGGCCGUGCCACUGGAUCGGAGUGGCAACCGGUCUAGCACAGAGCAUCGGCUUCCACCGAAAGCCAACCUGCGAACGAGUCCGGUCUUCUCCAUUUUCCCAGUCACAAUGCAACAUUUGGAAACGCAUCUGGUGGAGUCUUUACUCCCGCGAGAUCUGGCUAGGCCUCGGCUUCGGCAGGCCACUCAGAAUCAACUCGGAAGAUUGCGACAUGACAAUGCCAAAGGCCGCUGCAGUACUGAACGAUCUUGACGGCCUUCCAACUAUGCUUCGAGAAACCUACAUUCCUUGCGAGUUUGAGACACUUGUAAAUCUAUGGAUAGAGUUGUUGAACCUGUCUGUCGAACUGGAAACAAUUCUACGACUCAACUACCGGCCUGGUCAACCACCUGCAUCGCUCGCGGCUCUCGAAUCACAUCACAGCAUUCUGCAGGCGAUGCAGAGUAGAGUCUGCGUGGAUUUGGCGGGGGAAGCACCACUGCUAUUAUUGCACCGCAGUAUUCUCAAGAUUUACCAUGGGACUGUAUUGAUCGCUCUGCACCGGCCGUACAUCCUCCCGCCAGCACCAAGUUCAAAGUCUCCUCUUGGGGAAAGUAGCAUUCGAUCCCUCGCAAUGGACAGGUACACUACAGCCGCAUCGGCCAUUACAAAGGCCGUCAACGACCUUGUACGCGCCGACCUCCUCAAUGUUUCACCACCCACACUCCCGACCUGCAUCAAUUCCGCCAUUGGAGUACACCUACACGAGGCGUGCCGCUCCGAGGGCAUCGGCCGCCAGCUCGCAUUGCAUAACGUCAACCUCCACAUGCUUGUCCUCUCUCAUCUCGGCAAGAUUUACUUUUCCGCCGAGAUGCAGUAUCGGUUCUUCCUCCAGAUCAUGAAGACUGCUGAGCCGCUUCCCUCGGUCCAGAACACAAGAAUGCCUGGUAGGGGAAGCUUCAGUCGUGCGGGAACAGCAGCCGUUGGUAUCCUGCAAGCUAGUGAGCCGCAGGAUGCAACCCGUGAAGCAGCCGCGUAUGACGUGGUCACUCCAGUAUCUACGCACCCGGCACCCGUAGAGUGUCAAGACGCGCUUCACGACCAAACGCCCUCUUACAGUGAAGGAGAUAUGCUCUUGGAGGAUGCAAACAUUGAUCACAAUUUAUUUUUGCCUUCUACUCUGUUCAACAUUGAUUCAACUCCUUUCUCCGAAGAAGAGAUGGAUUUCUACAGGCACUGGGGUCUGACGAACAUGUAG